AUGGAGGGUGAACCAAUCAGAGGUGGUACUCGUGGUGGCGCUGGCAACUUCAGCUGGAAUGCCGUCAAAGAAGAUAAGCACAGGGAAUAUUAUCUAGGACAUAGUGUCAAAGCAGCUGCUGGUAGAUGGCAGAAGAAUAAAGAUAUUCACUGGUACAAUCGCGAUCAAGACUCAGGGGAUGAAGAAGAAGUAAAGAGAAAGAAGAAGGCAGAAAUUCAGAAGAUCAAAGAAGCAGAAGAGGAUGCUCUUAGUUUGGCUUUGGGAUACAUACCCAAACCACGCCCAUCUGAAGAAGAAUCUUUAGCAGCAAAGGCACAAAAGAAUGCAGAGAAACGUGUGAGGAAAGAACAACGUGCAAAAGUCAGAGAAGAGAGAGAACGGCGGAGAGAGCACAGAUAUAAGUCAUCAAAGUCAGAUAAUAGAUAA